AGUUACGAACCGUCGCAGCAAGUGUCGGUCAAUUAAUAAGGUCAAUUCCCACUCUUCCCUACACAAUGGCAGUGUUAGAAAUUUUAUUAGCCCUUGUGGCCUUGGCAAUUAUAUUUUACAAAUGGGCCACCGCCACCUUUGAUGAGUUCGAAAAGAAGGGCUUGCCCUAUGAGAAGCCCUAUCCUCUGGUGGGUAACAAUUUGUCGGUGGUCUUGGGCAAAUCAUCAUUCCAGAAGCUAAUAUCCGAUUUCUAUGCACGUACCAGACAACACAAAAUUGUUGGACUCUAUAAUUUUCGAACACCCAUGGUGCAAUUGAACGAUCCGGACCUUAUCAAAAAGAUCUGCGUCAAAGAUUUUGAUUACUUUCCCAAUCAUCAAGCUUUCCUGAAAACAGAUGAGCGUUUGGUCAACGACAUGUUGACCAUAAUGAAAGAUCAACGUUGGAAAAACAUGAGGAAUACCUUGACUCCGGUCUUUACCUCUGCCAAAAUGCGUAGCAUGUUUGGCCUGAUGAACGAUAGUUUUGCCGAAUGUAUGCAGCAUUUGGCUGAAUUGGGAACAAGCUCAAAACCUGGUGAAGGUUUUGACGUAGAAUUGAAAGAGGUGUCGAAUCGUUUGUCAAAUGAUUUGAUUGCCACCACAGCUUUUGGACUGAAAGUUAGUUCUUACAAGGAUCCAAACAAUGAGUUCUUUAAAAUUGGUCGAUCGGUGGCUUUCUUCCGUGGCAAGCAACUGUACAAGUUCAUGCUAUCCACGACUAUGCCCUGGCUUUUUAAGCUUCUUGGAUUCCAAAUUUUUGAUGGCGAAAAAACAGAGUUCUUCAUACGUCUGGUUGUCGAUGCAAUGAAACAACGUGAGGCCAACAAUAUUGUGCGUCCGGAUAUGAUUCAAUUGCUUUUGGAGGCCCGUAAGGAGGCUAACAACAAAUGGACGGAUGAUGAAAUUGUUGCCCAGUGCUUCAUAUUUUUCUUUGCUGCCUUUGAGAACAAUGCCAUGUUGAUAUGCACCACAGCCUACGAAUUGCUACAGAAUGCCGAUGUUCAGGAAAAGCUUUACGAAGAGGCACAAGAGACUAAAGAAUCUCUUGAGGGUGGUACUUUAACUUACGAUGCUGUACAAAAAAUGAAAUAUAUGGAUAUGGUCAUCUCCGAAUCGCUGAGAAAAUGGACUCUUGCUGCAGCCACUGACCGUGUUUGUUCCAAGGACUAUACUCUUUAUGAUGAAGAUGGCUCUAAAUUAUACGAAUUUAAGACGGGCGAUCGUGUUAAUAUACCCAUUGCUGGCUUACAUUGGGAUGAUCAAUAUUUCCCCGACCCUCUGAAAUUUAUCCCAGAAAGAUUCAGUGAUGAACAGAAAGACAGUUUGGUGCCAUAUACGUAUCUGCCUUUUGGUGUGGGACCACGCAAUUGCAUUGGCAAUCGAUAUGCUCUAAUGCAGGCCAAGGCCAUGCUCUAUAAUCUUGUAUUGAACUUUAAGAUUGAAAGAUCACCAAAGACUGUUAAAGAUCUUAUGAAAGAGUCGGUCGGCUUCCAAUUGACUCCACCCAAUGGUUUCUGGGUUCAUUUGGUGCCCCGCAAAUAAAACAGAUAACAAAUUUUAUAUACGAUAAAAUACACACGCAUAUAUUAUAUAUGUAUAUAUAUAUAUAUAUUUAAAUUUAGUUUGUUUUGAUUAUGUUUCCAUACACAAUUUGUUCAAUCUAAAAUUAAUGAUAUUAUCUUAUCGUUAGGCAAAUCAAUUAAAAAUUGUUAUCAUACGAA